AUGGAGACGGGCGGGCGCGGCGCGGCUGUCAGCGGCGGGCGCGCGGCCGCGGGGGGCUGCGGGAGGAAGGCGCGGGCCGCGGCCGGGACCCUCGCGGUAGAGAUGGACUUGCAUUGUGAUCGCGCCGCCGAGCCGCCGGCCGCCGAGCCGCCGUCGGGGAAGAUCAACAAGGCCGCCUUCAAACUGUUCAAGAAGAGGAAGCCGGGCGGCGCGAUGCCCAGCAUCUUCGGGGUCAAACACAAAGGGGACGGCAAGGGCGCGGGGCCGGCGGGGCUGGUGCGCAGCCGGACGCACGACGGGCUGGCCGAGGCUCUGGCGCUGGAGGGCGGCCGCCGCGAGGAGCCGCGCGCGGGCGGCGGGGACGGGGCGCGGCCGGGCCCCGCAGCCCCCCGGGCGGCCCCGGGAGGCGCGGGCCCGGCGGCCGGCGGCUCGGUGGCCAAGUCGCACAGCUUCUUCUCGCUCCUGCGGAAGAACGGGCGGCCCGAGAGCGGCGGGGCGGAGCAGGCCGACGCGGGCAAGGCCGGUGGCAGACAAAAGCGGGGGCUGCGGGGGCUCCUGGGCGGCGUGCGCUGGCGCAGGAAGGACCGGCGGCCCCAGGACGCGGCGCCGGCGGGGCGCGCGGGGGCUCCGGGCGGCCUGGCGCGGCCGGGCUCGCUCACCGCCAGCCUGGAGUGCGUCAAGGAGGAGGCGCCCGCGGCCGCGCGCCAGCCGGAGCCAGCAGGUGAGCCCGCGGCGGGGGAGCCCGAGCCGGCCUGCGCCCCGGGAGAGGGCGCCUCGGGGCCCGGGCGGCGCGCCGAGCGGCCCCGCGCGCCCCCCGAGCCAGAGCCGCGCGCCGGGGAGGGCCGGCCGGCGGAGGACGCCGCGGGGCCCGGGGCCGCGCCGGCAGAGACGGCGCCCCGGGCAGAUUCCAAAGGCGGCCGCGCGCCCGCCGCCCCCGACCCUUCCUCGGUCGAUCCGCCCUCCGACCCAUCGGCCGAUCGUAUUUGUCUGAUGUUUUCUGACGUGACUUCACUGAAAAGCUUUGACUCUCUUACAGGCUGCGGAGAUAUUAUCGCAGACCCCGAGGACGAGGCCGGGCCCGGCUGUGCCAAGCACGCCCCCGGGCCGGGCCAGCCGGGCCCCGCCACAAAGCCGCCGGGCGUGGUGGCCUACCAGGGAGGCGGGGAGGAGAUGGCGAGCCCGGCCGAGGCGGACGACUCGUACCUGCAGGAGUUCUGGGACAUGCUGUCCCAGACCGAGGACCAGGGAGAGGGGCCCCAGGGAGGAGCGGCCCCGGCGUCCGACGCGCAGGUGGCUCCCGAGACCCCCAAAGAAGCCAGGUGUGCGGAGGUGACCAAGGACGCAUCCUCGGUCAAGCGCCGGAGGCUUCACCAGGUCCCCACGGAGCUCCCCGCGAAGGAAGAACCCAAGCAUCAGGACAAGGAGCCGCAGGAAGGCGUCCCCAACAGCGACGAGGGCUACUGGGACUCCCCCACCCCCAGGCCGGAGGAGGACGGCGGCGCGAGAAAGACGGGCCUCCCCCGGGACAGCGACAGCGGCGACGAGCUCUGCGCCGCCGAGCCGGAUCGAAGCCCCGCGGCCCUGCCCGCGGCCCCCACUGCCGGCGAGGAGACAUCCUGCUCGUCCCGGUUAAAGCCCGUGUCUCCGGUUACCAUCACCUGCCCCCUGCGAACGCCGGGGAGCCUGCUGAAGGACUCCAAGAUCCCGGUCAGCAUCAAGCAUCUGGCGAACCUUCCAUCCAGCCACCCGGUGGUUCACCAGCCACCAGCCAGGAGCGAGCUGCCCAGAACCAAAAUCCCGGUGUCCAAGGUGCUGGUCCGCCGGGUCAGCAGCCGGGGCUUGGCUGGGACCACCCUCCGGGCCGCGGCAUGCCACGAUAGUGCCAAAAAGUUGUGA